AUGUCCUCAUUAGAAGAAUUCUUUAGUGAUGAUCCAGAUGUUCCUUCGCACUACAUUUGUUCACUCACGGAAACAAUCUUUAUCGAACCAGCCUUGUUGAAUGGAAGAAUUUAUGAAAGAAGUAAAAUAUUGGAGUGGAUCAAGACAAACAAGACAGAUCCCUUCACUCGAGAACAAAUCUCUCCACCUUCUCGUAGUCUUGGAAUUGAAUCCAUGGUUCAUCCCAUCAUGAAAUCCUCUCUUGGAUUAGACACUUUUAUGAAAUACAAAGUGGAACAAUUUUUCAAGAAAUUACAAGUAUUGAAUAAGGCUUAUCAUUCAUCCUGUUUGGUAACAACGAGAACAACAACAACAAGUACAGUAAUUACAUCAUCAUCAUCACCACCACCACCAUCAUCUACCACCACUAGCACCACCAUAAACACCACCACCAUAAACAGCACCAAGAUUGAAAAUGAUGCAUCGAUCCUAAGAUCAAGCGCCGUUGUUCAACAACACACAGCAGUGGAUCAUCAAGAUUCGAUGAUGGGUCUCGAAAAAGAUUCUUUCAAUACUGAAAUCCUUUCACAUGUAUUCAAAUUAAUGAUUCGAUUCAUUUCAUCUUGUUUAUUGUAUAUGAAUACUCAUCAUCAUCAUGGAGGAAAUAAUUCAACACCAUUACCAGAUCAUUAUCACAUUGCAAAGAAUGAAUUACCGAAAUAUGUCACACUUUUUGACAAACAAGAAUUAUUAGAGACAUGUUUAGAAGAAUGCAAACAUUCACAAAAUGUAUUUAAUUUAAUAUCAGAAUUUAUUAAUGAAUCAUUUGCAAGAAAUUCACCAACCAAUGAUUCUUCACCCUCAACAACAACCAACAAUUAUCUCAUUUCCACACGAAUGAAUCGAAAUCUCUUAAAAUCCUCUUCCGAUCAACAACAACAACAAAUGAAGGAAAAGAAUCUUGUGUCACUAAUGGACAAUGUCCUAUCACCCUUGAAUUCUUCAAGUCCAACAUUGAUUCAACAAGCAUUCACCAAUUCAUCUCCUCUCAUUGCUGUGAUGAAUGUCAAAGAUUCUCUUUUGACUGCAACGACUAGUGUUAAUACUGGUACUAAUACUACUAAUACUACUAAUACUGGUACUAAUACUACAAUGAAUCAUACUACUGCUAAUCAAAAUCUUAAUAACAUUUGGAUCACUAUUCCUCCUAUUGAAAUGACGUCAUGUGUCAAUUCAUCGACACAACAACAACAUUUAGAUUCUUAUCAUCAAAAUAUUAUUUCUUCCUUAUUUAGUGAUGAAAUUUUCAGUCACAUCCCAAACACCAAUCAAGUUCUAAAUUUAUCAUCACUUCGAUCGUUGAGUCAUUAUUUAUUUGUUAAAAACAAUCAACAACAACAACAACACACUCAUUCCAUGAUCAAAGAAUAUUCUGAUUCUCAUGUGAAAUAUACCAUUCUCAAACAAGGAAUUGUCAUGAAAAAAGAUGUGAAAUCCUUCUUUCAAAAUUCCAAAUUGAAAAAGAGACACAUUUUACUCACAGUGAAUGCUAAAUCUAAAUUUAAAGUUUUAAUUUUCAAUGCAGAUGGUAACAACAAUGAUAUCUUUCAUUCAGAUAUGAAACCAUUGGAAGAAAUGGAAUUAUCAAAUUUGUGUUAUAUUACUAUUAAUGAUCAACCUAAAAAGAAUUCAUUUCCAUCGAAUCAUCGAACUUUAACAUUAAAUGAUCGAACUGAAAAGAAGAAAUGGCUUUUUGAAUUUGAGAAUUCCUAUGAGAGAGAUGAAUGGUUAUACCUGUUGAAAUAUUGUUUAUUAUUAUGUUAA